CAAGGCCUCUUGGGAUGAAAGGAUGAAACUGGAGGACAGAGGAGCUGAAACGAAACAAACUCCACGUACUGUAUGAAGGUGUCCAUGUCUCUGACGGUGGAGGAGAGCGAGGAGGGACUCUGCUUCAGCAGCCGAAUACGUUACCAGGAGAGCGCCGAGAUCACCAAGAGCAAAAUGAUCAGCUGCCCUGACAUCGACGACUAUCUCGCGCCCUACAAGCAGCCUAUCAUGACCUGGUACAAGGAGUGUCAGAGGAAAGAGUGGAGGAGCUCCAUCAUCAUCAACACCACCAGUCUCUGGAUCCCGGAGGUGCAGGAGGACGACGGAGGAAACUACACCUGUGAACUCAAAUAUGGCAGCAGAGUUGUGAGACGGACCACAGAGCUCAAAGUCACAGGUAUGUGUUCAAGCUCAUUCAGCUCUAACGCUGUGAGUGCGGCGCAUCGAAAGCAAGCAGAACCUGUUAGGAUCAAUGGCGGCGUCUACUCUGGAUGUGUCAUGUAG